AUGGAGCUGGGAUGGGCUGAGCUGAGGUGUCCUCUGCGCCCAGGCGAGGUGAUCUGCGAGCCCCCCAACAACAAGCUGGACAAGUUCAGUGGGACGCUGUACUGGAAGGAGAACAAAUACCCCCUGAGCAACCAGAACAUGCUGCUGCGGGGCUGCGUGCUGCGCAACACCGAGUGGUGCUUCGGCCUCGUCGUCUUCGCAGGUCCCGACACGAAGCUGAUGCAGAACAGCGGGCGGACCAAAUUCAAGCGGACGAGCAUCGACCGGCUGAUGAACACGCUGGUGCUCUGGAUCUUUGGGUUCCUGGUGUGCAUGGGUGUGAUCCUGGCCAUCGGCAACGCCAUCUGGGAGCACGAGGUGGGCGUCUGCUUCCAGAUCUACCUGCCGUGGGACGAGGGGGUGCACAGCGCCGUCUUCUCCGGCUUCCUCUCCUUCUGGUCCUACAUCAUCAUCCUCAACACCGUGGUGCCCAUCUCGCUCUACGUGAGCGUGGAGGUGAUCCGCCUCGGGCACAGCUACUUCAUCAACUGGGACAAGAAGAUGUAUUGCGCCAAGCGCCGGACGCCGGCCGAGGCUCGGACCACCACCCUGAACGAGGAGCUGGGGCAGGUGGAGUACAUCUUCUCCGACAAGACCGGCACCCUCACCCAGAACAUCAUGGUCUUCAGCAAGUGCUCCGUGAACGGGCACAGCUACGGCGACGUGCAGGACGUGCUGGGUCACAAGGUGGAGCUGGGAGAGAGGCCGGAGCCCGUUGACUUCUCCUUCAACCCGCUGGCGGACCCGGGGUUCCAGUUCUGGGACCCCAGCCUGCUGGAGGCCGUCCAGCUGGGGGACCCCCACGUGCACGAGUUCUUCCGCCUGCUCUCGCUCUGCCACACCGUCAUGUCCGAGGAGAAGAGUGAAGGGGAGCUGUACUACAAGGCGCAGUCCCCAGACGAGGGAGCGUUGGUCACGGCUGCCAGGAACUUCGGCUUCGUGUUCCGGUCCCGCACGCCCAAAACCAUCACGGUGCACGAGCUGGGCCGAGCCAUCACCUACCAGCUGCUGGCCAUCCUGGACUUCAACAACAUCCGCAAGCGCAUGUCCGUCAUCGUGCGCAGCCCCGAGGGCAAGAUCCGGCUGUACUGCAAAGGCGCCGACACCAUCCUGCUGGAGCGCCUGCACCCCGCCAACCAGGACCUGACCAAUGUCACCACGGACCACCUGAAUGAGUACGCCGGCGAGGGGCUGCGGACGCUGGUGUUGGCCUGCAAGGACCUGGAGGAGAGCUACUACGAGGACUGGGCUGAGCGGCUGCGCCGCGCCAGCGGAGCCCCCGAGGCGCGCGAGGAUCGCCUGGCCCGGCUCUACGACGAGGUGGAGCGAGACAUGACGCUGCUUGGAGCCACGGCCAUCGAGGACAAGCUGCAGCAGGGCGUCCCCGAAACCAUCGCCAUCCUGACGCUGGCCAACAUCAAGAUCUGGGUGCUGACGGGGGACAAGCAGGAAACAGCGGUGAACAUCGGCUACUCCUGCAAGAUGCUGACGGAUGACAUGACAGAGGUGUUCGUGGUCACGGGCCACACCGUGCUGGAGGUGCGCGAGGAGCUCAGGAAAGCCCGGGAGAAGAUGAUGGACGGAUCACGCUCCAUGGGCAACGGCUUCUCCUACCAGGAGAAACUCUCUUCCUCGAAGCUCACCUCCGUGCUGGAAGCCAUCGCGGGCGAAUACGCCCUGGUCAUCAACGGGCACAGCCUGGCCCACGCGCUGGAGGCAGACAUGGAGGUGGAGUUCUUGGAGACGGCGUGCGCCUGCAAGGCCGUGAUCUGCUGCCGCGUGACGCCCCUGCAGAAGGCGCAGGUGGUGGAGCUGGUGAAGAAGUACAAGAAGGCGGUGACCUUGGCCAUCGGGGACGGGGCCAACGACGUCAGCAUGAUCAAGACCGCGCACAUCGGGGUGGGCAUCAGCGGGCAGGAGGGCAUCCAGGCGGUGCUGGCCUCCGAUUACUCCUUCUCGCAGUUCAAGUUCCUGCAGCGCCUGCUCUUGGUGCACGGGCGCUGGUCCUACUUACGCAUGUGCAAAUUCCUCUGCUACUUCUUCUACAAGAACUUCGCCUUCACCAUGGUCCACUUCUGGUUCGGCUUUUUCUGCGGCUUCUCGGCGCAGACGGUGUAUGAUCAGUACUUCAUCACCCUGUACAACAUCGUCUACACCUCGCUGCCUGUGCUCGCCAUGGGGGUCUUCGAUCAGGACGUGCCGGAGCAGCGGAGCAUGGAGUACCCCAAGCUGUACGAGCCUGGCCAGCUCAACCUGCUCUUCAACAAGCGCGAGUUCUUCAUCUGCAUCGCCCAGGGCAUCUACACCUCCGUGCUCAUGUUCUUCAUCCCCUACGGCGUCUUCGCCGACGCCACGCGUGACGACGGGGCGCAGCUGGCCGACUACCAGUCCUUCGCCGUCACCGUCGCCACCUCCCUCGUCAUCGUCGUCAGCGUGCAGAUCGGGCUGGACACGGGCUUCUGGACCGCCAUCAACCACUUCUUCAUCUGGGGCAGCCUGGCCGCCUACUUCGCCAUUCUCUUCGCCAUGCACAGCGACGGCCUCUUCCAGAUGUUCCCCAACCAGUUCCGCUUCGUGGGUGAGCGCUGCUCCCCCCGCUGCUCCGUGGGGCCCUGGGAGCCGAUCCAUCCCCAGAGCAACUGCAUCAAGACCUCCAAGUACAACAUUGUCACCUUCCUGCCCGUCAACCUCUUCGAGCAGUUCCAGGAAGUGGCCAACACCUAUUUCCUUUUCCUCCUCAUCCUGCAGCUGAUCCCGCAGAUCUCCUCGCUCUCGUGGUUCACCACCAUCGUGCCUUUGGUUCUCGUCUUAACCAUCACGGCCGUCAAAGAUGCCACCGACGACUACUUCCGCCAUAAGAGCGACAACCAGGUGAACAACCGGCAGUCUCAGGUGCUGAUCGGCGGAGCCCUCCGGCAGGAGCAGUGGAUGAACGUCCGCGUUGGGGACAUCAUCAAGCUGGAGAACAACCAGUUCGUGGCGGCUGACCUCCUCCUCCUCUGCAGCAGCGAGCCCCAUGGGUUGUGCUACGUAGAGACCGCCGAGCUGGACGGAGAAACAAACAUGAAGGUGCGGCAGGCCACCCCCGUCACCUCGGAGCUGGCGGACAUCAGCACGCUGGCGCGGUUCGAUGGUGAGUACCCCAAAACCCCAAAACUGUUCACUGUGACGGGGCGGCCCUCGGGGUUCUUCCUCCGCCACCUGGCUUGGGUUUGGCUUGGGGAGACCAGGGCUGUCCGUGGGGUGCUGCAGUCCCACAGCUCAAACAGGGCUGCAGGGCAACUGGGUUAGGGCUGGAGAUGGAGCUGGGAGCAACUGGGAUA